GUCAGUCAAUCCACAUGCACACAAAAACAAGAAGCAGGCAAAGAACUAUGGGUCCACCAAGACCAACUUACAAGUCCACCCACCUCAAACCCAGUGUGUCCUCAUCUGUCCCCUCCCUCCGCCACAUUAGACACACCACUUGUCAGCGUGAAACGACGCUCAUUCCCAUCACCAUCACCACCCCCACCCCCACCUAUGCCCGACAUUAGCUGAGGGGCGGUCAUGGCGGCCUGUGGUGGGGGACCGCCUGAGCUGCCUUGGCUGCGUUGACUCUGUUGAUGUCCCUGCCCCUGGGACGCUCGCAAAGCGGGAAGGACUGUGCCGAAUGUGGGUAGUCGGACGGGCAGCCCGAUGGGCGAGUAGCUGUCUUCCGCCUCGUCUCUCUCCGUCUCUGCGUCUGCUGCCGAUGCGGCGGGCUGCAGGAGGGUGGCAGAGAGGGGCUCCGGCCGGUGCACGAAGCCUCCUGUGGUGGUCUGGGGCCCGAAGGUGGACGCAGACACAGAGGGGGUAAUGUCGUCCACUGAAUGGAAUGCAGUGCAGCAGAGAGGGAGAAACAGAAAACGCGAGACUCUGUGUGUGUCUCGAUAGACGUGUGUGUGGAAAUGAAUGCUGGCUGACCCUUCUGAGUAGUAUCAGGUUUGCGGAUGCCCAUGGCGUACAAAGGGUCCGUCUCGCUGGAAGCUCCUGUGCGGAGGGAGAGAGAACGGACGGGCUGCGCCACCAAUCUGUUGAUUCAUGUGAUGCACAGCACACGGAAGGAGGGCAAGGCACAGAGACAGAGAGAUUCAUUUACACAAGGAUGAAAUGAAAAGAGCUGUCUUGUCUCGUGCUGUGCUUCAGGGCCGUGCGUACGUCUCCUUCUCGAACAUGCGGUGGUACAGGAAUAUCCACUUGUCGGGGUCCCGACCCUCCAUGUGCUUAUAGUAUUUGGAGAACAGAAAGGACGACACAAAGCCCACAAACAAAGCCAUGAACAGGGUCAGCACCUGCAUACACACACGCAGAGAGGGAGGGGGAGAGAACACAUACAUACUGGAUGGAUGGAUGGAUCUGUGCCUGUCUUACUGCCUUACCCUGAGAAGGUUGUUGAGGUCUCUGAUGGGCACCAGCCGCGGGCUGAGCAGGUCGAUCUGCACUGUCUCCGUGUCUAUCACAAACGGACCUUGCCCUAUACACACACACACACACAAACACACAGAGGCGUAUGCAGCAAGGCUCUUUCUCCAUGGGCUUCUGUGUCUCACACACCAAAGGUAAUGCCGCCCGGCCCCUGUAUGGGCCCUUUGUCAGGUGGUGAGGGGUCGAUCGGCUUCUCUUUGUCCUCGUUCUCGUCCACUAUGUUGCCUUUCUUGUCGCAGGUGAAACAACCCUCCUCGCGGGCACACAACUGCAGGUCAGGCACCCCAUAUGGCGAAACAAACAAACAGGUGUGUGUCGUGUGUGUCUGUCUGUCUGUCUGUGUCAUGUCAUGUGCGGGGGUGUCUGCCUCUCAUCCAUCGCUCACUCACGUGUACGUUGCAGUAUAGGAAAAUGAACGGCGAGUCGCCCAACCUGAAGAGCGGGAGGGCCAUGCGGGUCAGCUCACGCUCUUGCUUCACAAACUCCACCUCGAUCUCCGCUGCACAACACACAACGACGUAUUCGUUGGUAUCCCCCUUCCCCUCCCCCCCACACCACACCCCACCCACCGGGCCGCUCGCAGUAGUCCUUGAUGAGGAUGACCGCCUGUGGGUCCCCCGCCUCCCCCGACGCCCAGCAGUGCUUCAGGUUGAGCGCAAAGCCCGUCUUGUAGCUCGUGAAGACCUCUACUACCAGCUCCUCGCUCCACCGCGGUAUCACCAUGGGGGGCUCAUACAGCCGCUCAUCGCACUCCCUGUCCAGACAGGCCUGCAUCUGGACAUCGAACUCGCCGCUCCCGCUGACGUUGACGGUCUUGACGCCCUCUCUCUCCACCUGGGUGCUGACGGUGAGGUCCUUGCUGUAAAGGCACUCGACCUCAUACCGCACCUCGCCCCCCAACAGCGCCCCGCCGCCGAUGACCCUCGCCUCGUUGGUGUGGACAAUCCACUGGUCGCUGCUGUCGGCGUUGGCCUGUGUUCCGCAGCCGUCGAGUGGGGUGGACACACAGAGGAGGGAGUUGUCGUCAUACGAGUGGCAGGAAGGGUCGGGCGUAUCGCUGAACGACCUGCAGACACAGAAAGGGAACACACGCACGACACGAUGUGGAUUAUUCAUAAACAUGAUGUGUGUGUGUGUUGGGGAUGAGUGCGUUGGUUGGUUGGUUCAUGCCAGAUGAGGUUUGAAGGUUCGAGGCAGAGGGUCAUGCUGGUGGGGUUGCACGUGAGCGACACGGGGCGGAUGGCUGCUGCUGUGGUCACUACGGAGAGCACCACAACCAGCCCCGUGGGGGAAGGCGCAACGGAAGAGAGCGACAUAGCACACAUAGCCUGAGCCAAAGAGGAUGCAAAUUGGAGCCCGGCGUGCUGAUAUGAGUGGUUUGAAGCCCUUUCCGGAG